CUUGCAUAUAUAUGGUGGGCCUUGUAAUAUCUACUAUGAACUAACAUUUAAGUUUCACUUAAGCACCUAGCAUUUGAUUACAAGUGGCUGCUUUAUUAGCCAUUCCUUGACAAGGUGGGGUAUGCAUUCUCAAACAACUGCUUAAUCCUUGAGAGAGGCCUCUAGGACAAUACCAUGUGAUCUCUCGUGUAGUGAUGCGUAUGCAUUCCUAUCAUUUUCAAAAAUCUUUUAUCUUAGAAAUAGUUUUCCAAAGAAUCUUAAAAUCUAUAAAUACACUUGCUCUUGCCUUCAAAAACAACACAACUCAUUGGCAAUCUUAAGUGUCAAACACUUAAAAACACAUUCUUCUUAAACUUGGGAACUUUUCCUUGCUGUUAUUCUUACAUACUUCUUUAAAAAAAUGGGUUUCCGUUUACCUGUUAUUCGAAGGACAUCAUCAUUCUCAGCUAGCCAAGCAGCUUCUAAAUCUGUGGAAGUCCCAAAGGGGCAUCUAGCAGUGUAUGUCGGAGAGAAACAGAAGCGGUUUGUGAUCCCCGUUUCAUACUUGAACCAACCUUCAAUCCAAGACUUGUUGAGCCAAGCUGAGGAAGAGUUCGGAUAUGAUCAUCCUAUGGGAGGUCUAACAAUUCCUUGCAGUGAAGAUGUCUUCCAACAAAUCACUUCUCGCUUGAAUUGACCAUGAAUCUCACGCUGUAGGAGACUGACAUAGAUUAGUAUACACAUUUUGUACAAUAGGCAACUUGUAAUUACACAUUUUUCUAAGUAAAUGAAAGAAGAAUGACCAUUACUAUGAAAAA